AUGUUGCGGCGAGUUGUGCGACAGAGCAAGUUCCGUCAUGUCUUCGGUCAGGCCCAGAGGAACGACCAGUGCUAUGAUGAUAUCCGCGUCUCCAGGGUCACAUGGGACAGCUCCUUCUGCGCCGUCAACCCCAAGUUUGUGGCCAUCAUCAUCGAUGCCAGCGGGGGAGGAGCAUUCCUUGUACUUCCUCUACAAAAGACCGGCCGCAUAGACAAGGUCUACCCGGCAGUAUGUGGUCACACGGGCCCGGUGUUGGACAUCGACUGGUGCCCUCAUAAUGACCUUGUCAUUGCGAGCGGCUCCGAGGAUUGCACAGUCAUGGUUUGGCAGAUCCCUGAGAACGGGCUGGAGAAUCCCCUCUCAGAGCCCGUGGUGGUGUUAGAGGGCCACUCCAAGAGGGUGGGCAUCGUGUCCUGGCAUCCCACCGCUCGCAACGUUCUCCUCAGCGCAGGGUGUGACAACCUGAUCAUCAUCUGGAAUGUGGGCACGGGACAGGCCAUGAUCAACCUGGAGGACAUGCACCCUGAUGUCAUCUUUAGUGUCAGCUGGAACCGCAACGGCAGCCUGCUCUGCACUGCCUGCAAGGACAAGAAGGUCCGCGUCAUCGACCCCCGCAAGAAAAAGAUUGUGACCGAGAAGGACAAAGCCCAUGAGGGAGCUCGACCAAUGAGAGCCAUCUUUUUAGCAGACGGAAAGCUUCUGACCACCGGAUUCAGCCGCAUGAGCGAGCGCCAGCUAGCCCUGUGGAAAAGUGACAACAUGGAUGAGCCGAUAAACGUUCAAGAGAUGGACACCAGUAACGGAGUCCUGCUGCCCUUCUACGACCCCGACACCAGUGUCGUCUACCUGUGUGGAAAGGGCGACAGCAGCAUCCGGUACUUUGAGAUCACAGACGAGGCGCCGUUUGUUCACUUCCUCAGCACCUUCUCCACCAAGGAGCCUCAGAGGGGCAUGGGCUACAUGCCCAAAAGAGGCCUGGAUGUCAACAAAUGUGAAAUCGCAAGGUUUUACAAAUUACAUGAGAGAAAAUGUGAACCUAUCAUCAUGACAGUCCCACGAAAGUCGGAUCUUUUCCAGGACGACCUGUAUCCAGACACGGCCGGCCCCGACCCCGCCCUGGAGGCAGAGGGCUGGUUUGCCGGCAAGAAUGGAGGCCCCAUCCUCAUCUCGCUCAAAGAUGGCUACGUCUCCACGAAGGCCCGGGACCUGAAAGUGGUGAAGUCAAACGCCCUGGAGACCAAGGCAGCGCCGAAAGUAGAGAACACCCCGACUGUCCAGAAGCACGUCGCUGCUCCGCCCUCAGCACAGAAGAUGGAAGACAAACUGGAAGAGGUACUCCGAGAGUUCAAGUCACUCAGGGACCGUGUCAUCCUCCAAGACCGUCGGAUCGCCAGACUGGAAGACCAGGUCGCCAAGGUCUCCAUGUGAGACGUUGUUUCAGAGAGGAAUCGAAUGGACGGAGUCAGCCACGGCCAAAUUCUCCCGAUUCGGCUUCAUUCAGCUCGACACCGCCCGCCCCUGCGACCGGUCCGAGCCUACAUUCCAAGAUGAACUUUUUAUUUUUCUCAUCAAGCCUCCGGUUUUACACGUUGCCCCAACACACACUGAGAAACGGAAAGAACUCUUGCAGCUCAUUUUGAAGAAAGGACAUUUUUUUUGUUGAAGGAAAAGUCUUAACUUCUUUUUUUUUUUUUUUUUGUUUCCAAAUUGUGGUAAAACAUUCUUAUGUGAAGUUUGUACUUACUACUCAGAAACUGUAUGUAGCAUCAGUAUUUCCAUUGUUCUUUUUCUUGUGUUGCCAAAUAUGAAUGGUGUGCGGUUUCAUGCACUGCUUUUACAUUUGUUUUCUAUCCUGUUGUACAUUCCGGUCACAACCUGGUAGAAUGACGUAGUCGAGCUGGAUUUUUUUUAAACGAUAGCCGUUGAACUUUUUUCCUCCCACCAGUUUGUUCAUUGAUAAACCAUCAGAUUUAUGAAUGUGGAAGAAUUCCUACGAAAAAACGUUUGCUUCCUGUUCUUCUGGGGAUUGAAAUUCAAC